UAACGGUAGUGGUCUGCCCCGCCACCGGUUAGCGCCGCUGACCCCCACGUCGAGUUGUGGUCUGCUUCGUUGCUUGUGUUGCCUACACGGAAGAUGAGCGGUCGUAAAAUCAACGCGCUCGAGCGCAAGCUACACCAGGCUGCGCUUGCGAGACCAAACAAGGUCAUAUCCCAGAAAGAUCUCGACAGCCUUGUCUCGGACACUAAGGCUCGAGUCUCUGCAGUCAACUUCUUGCUGAGCACGGGCCUGUUCGUUCUACUCGUAGGCGAUAAGGACACGCUUUCUUAUAGGGCAGUGAGCCAGGACGAGAUCGAGCUGAAAAAGGGUCUCAGUCAGGAAGAGACCAUGGUUCUCGAUCGAAUUCGUGCAGCAGCAACUGAAGGCAUCUGGACAAAAUACAUCAAAGUCAAAACGCAGCUACAUCAGACAAUCGUUGACAAGUGCCUCAGAUCGUUGACUCAGAAGCGUCUCAUCAAGACAGUGAAUGAUGUUCGAUACGCGACACGCAAGAUCUACAUGUCAGCGGAGUUAGAACCGUCACCUGAGAUGACGGGCGGGCCCUGGUUUACGGACAGGGAACUGGACACUGAGUUCAUCAAACUGUUGUCCGAUGUCUGUCUCAAGAUCAUUCGAGACAAAAGUCUCCCGAAACCAGCGCGCGACCGCGCUGAACAAGUCAGGCUACUAUAUCCGCCUUCCUACUCAUCCUAUCCGAAUGCUGAACAGAUCUUGGCCUUGCUGAAACGCAGUCGCGUCACAGAAACCGAGCUGACGGUUCAGCAAAUCGAGAUGCUCUUGAACGUGCUGAUUUUAGACGGAAAGGUUGCAAAGAUACCGGCAUUCGUCCUAUUUGACCAAGGCGACGCUUUUGAGAACUCUGACAGUGAUACGGGCAAACAUAGCACUGGAAAGCGCCGGCGAAAGGCCAGGGCCCGAGACACAGACGAGUCCACAUCUACCGAUAGCGAGGAUAGUCAACCACGGAAGAAGCGACGUCGACGACGCGACGCUGCUCUGGCGACAUCCGAUGAAGAUGUCCCCAAUGCAAACGAUCGUAAUCGGCAGCAGCGGAAGAAACGCCGCAGGGACGAAACGGACUCGGAUGCCUGCGACACUGCUGAUAGUGACGCGAGUUUGAGCGGAGAUGACGAAAUCAGGCGGAAGCGACGCCGUCGUGAUCCAAAACGGGUAGGCCGGUCAAAGCAGGACGGUCGCUCCAAAGGGAAGCGCAAAGGACGCGCCUACAGCGCAUCCAGCGACGCCGACGACUUCCCUGGUAGUGCGCGGGCUCUCGCCGACUCAGGCGUCCCGGAUACUCGCGUCGACGUCGGCUACUCAAGUGGAUUUGUGUAUCAAGCCAUCCAUGAAGAGCGCAUCCGAGUCGUCUCGGGGCUAGGCCAAGCUCCGUGUGUUGGCUGCCCGACUGCCGACUUUUGCACGGUUGGCGGCCCCGUGAACCCUCAAGAAUGUGUCUAUUACGAGACCUGGCUUGAUGGAGAUGUUGUACCAUAGUAGAAGAGGCUCCUUAGAGAGUGCCUCGGGCUUCUGUUUACCGCGAUGUUUCCAAUCAGUAUACACUCAUAUUGCAAGCGUGUGAAACCACAU